AUGCCAUCCUUAGCUGCAGCAAACUCAUUGAGCAUGGCUGCGAAUCCACCACACAGCGGCGAUGGGGCGGACAACCACGACCGACGUCGAAACCCUCGUUUCUUCAAGCAAUUCUAUGCGGUUCAAAGUGCAAACAAUCUGCGUCUCCCGCCGGAAUGGGUAACACGAUAUGCUGAGUUGCUCCCCGAACAGUGUACACUGGAGAUGCCGAACGGGGUGCGUUGGCCUGUACAAAUUAAGAAGAAAUAUUCUGGUUUGUACUUUGGGAAUGGUUGGUCCGACUUUGUUUAUCGGAUUCAUCUUUCCAAUGGGGACUUUAUGAAUAUCAUCUACGUCGGCGACGGUGUGUUUCACUUUGACCGGUACAACUUCGUGUCUGGAUGCAUCCCCAUGGGAGACUUUGAACGUAGAGAUUCAUUUGUAGAAUCCGAUCCCGAAGUAGACAUUGCCUCAGCUGAUGAGCAAUGGUUCUUAUCCGAUCAGGGAGAUGUCUCUGUCGAUGGUUCGGACCCGGAAAUUGAAUUAAGCACUGGCAUUCCUCUUCCAUCUUUCAGUCUCACAAUCACGAGGACACUUCUUGAGCACUACCUUGUAAUACCGAAUGAAUUUUGGUCAGCCCAUAUAGCCAAGGAUGGAAAACAAUUCAGUGCGGCUUUCACUGUACACUGCCGCACAUGGGACAUGGUUAUAACAAAGCAAAACGAGAAGUACUUUGCGCACGGUGGAUGGUUCCGUUUUCUCCGAGACAAUGAUAUCGAAGUUGGUGUCCGUUGUGUGUUCCACCUAGUGGAUUCUGUGAAGCUCCAUUUCCGUGUUAGUUUCUAACAUUUUAUUGCGCUGGUUUCGAGUAUAAGAGACAAAACUAGUUUUACUUUGUGUUAGCUCUUAUGUUGCGUAGGUAAUAGUUUGUCAUCGUAGCUAUUUUGCAUAAGUUCGAAGCCUUCGUCAAAGUUUUUAGCAACUUUGUCUCAUUGCAGGAUUGGUUAAGUGAAAUGAAGUAAUGUAUGACUAUGUCCCAAGACUUUUGUGGAGUAAUCAUAUGCUAUUAGAAAUAAUAUUCUUAUUUCGAUUU